GAGAAACGAGGGCUCGGGACUGGCAUCGCCUCUAUAAAGAGGGACAGAUUCUUCCACCCUCCAUUCCUCUUAUCAACAGUCGCAAUGAAAUUCUUGUUAGUCCUUGCGUGUCUGCUCGGCAUGGCCGUCGGUGACUCGCUGAGGGAACUGCAGUGCGACUACAACAUCACGAGCCUUUGCCCUUUCCCCGACAGCGGAAGUCCCGUGUACUUACCGGACCCGGACGACUGCAGGUCCUACUGUGAGUGUUCUGCAGGCAUCGCUUGGAAAUUCUUCUGCGGCCCAGAGACGCUCUAUGACGAAUUUCUUCAACUGUGCAACUGGGAGAAUAUGGUCGACUGCGGUGAGCGCCCCAUCAUCUCCUAACUGGCGAGGCUAACAGAUGAUGCACCGAUUCUAUCGCUGGCACUGGGCUGGCUUUGCCUUCAUGUGAACCGGUGACAUUAAAUUUAUUCAGGUCUCUC